AAGGACGGGCCGGGCUUUUACACGACUCGCAUUUUGGCUCCCGUUAUGUCCGAAGCGAUUAGACUAAUGCAGGAAGGCGUGACCCCUAAAGAAUUGGACAAAAUCACGCGAACGUGGGGUUUCCCAGUGGGCGCCGCCACACUUGUCGAUGAAGUGGGUAUAGAUGUGGCCGCACACGUGGCCGAAGAUCUCGGCAAAAUAUUUAGCGAACGCUUUGCCGGCGCUAAUAUGGAAGUGCUGAAGGAAAUGGUCGCCACCGGGUUUACGGGAAGGAAAGGAGGCAAAGGUUUCUAUAUAUACGAGGCUGGAGUUAAAGAUAGAAAAGUGAACGAUAAAGCUUUAGAAAUACUCAAAAAAUAUCACAUUUCACCCAAACAUAAGUGUACUCUAGAAGAACAUCAGAUGAGACUCGGCGUGAGGUUUGUGAACGAAGCGGCCCUCUGUUUACAGGAAGGAAUUCUAGCGAAUCCGCUCGAAGGAGACAUCGGAGCAGUUUUUGGUUUAGGUUUCCCGCCGUUUUUGGGCGGACCCUUCCGUUAUGUCGACACUUAUGGCGCCAAUAAAGUGGUCGAUUGGAUGAAGAAGUUCACCGAUGAUUACGGCCCGCAGUUCAAGCCCUGCCAACUCCUCAUCGAUCACUCCAACGACACCUCCAAGAAGUUCCACAAAAUUAAUUAAUUUUUGUCAUUCAAUUCAAUGCAAAUUUUAUUAAACAUUUUAAUUUUUAUAUUAAUAGCUUUAAAGUAUA